ACUAAAUGUCACUAAAACAUUGAGGUUAUGUUUGUUAUUGAUUUAAUUUUGUAAUUGUAAAUCUGAAAUCUUUAACGAAAUAACUAUUUAUAUCCAUCAGACAAUAUUUAAUACCGUUAAUAUGUCAGAUAUGGAGGAACCACCAAUGAAAGUAUUAAAAAUGGAUGUAGCACCAUCGUCUCUGGACUCGACCAUGGAGGGGCAGGAGGAGUGGCUGAGUGAGGGGGUCCUCACGGAUGAUGAUUAUAUGGCGGCUAAUUCAAGCCAAGAACAACAACCGGAUAACACCACUGCCGAGUCGUCUCAAAACCUGGACCCUGAACCCGUACAGCCGGAGUCACAUGAAGCAAACAUUACUAUGGAGCAGAACAUCGAAGAAACACUUAACAACAUGGAGACCAGUAAGCCAAGUCAAGAGCCCGACGCUAAAGAGCCAGAGAGCCAAGAGCUGCAUGAAGAGCUGGAAACUGCCAUGCAGCAAGACAUAGAAGACACAUUGAACAAUUUUGAAAGAGUCGCGACUUCUAAGGAUGAGUUCAACGACCUGCUGAAGAAGGACCCCAGAGAGAGCGAGCCCUCGCACUCGGAGCACAGCGAUGACGGCCACAACACAGAUGAGCUGCUGCGCAUGCUGGGCGAAGACGACGGCAAGAAGAAGAAAGUGUUGACAACCAUUCGCGAAAAGAACGCGCGCCGCGCCGCACGCUCUAGCGAGGACGACUAUUUUCUAGAGGGGGCGAAAGUGACCAAGUUGAAAGUGGCCAAGAACGCCAUCAUACGAACACAGCCGAUAAAGGCCGAACCCGAGGACUUCAGCGACAGGGACAGUGAUAUGUCCGAAGACGAAGAAAGCACAGUGAAGAGAAUGUUUACUUCCAAGCCCCGCCCGACCGUAGGACGAGCGCUGAAAUCGUCGUCAUACACUAAAGUUAAGACUGAGAAACCUAAACCCACCCCCGUGAAGCAGUACACCAACACGAGCAAGAACAAAUCCCUUCUCAAACAGAAAACGGAGCACCCGGAGAUCAUCAACGAGGAAGAGUUCCUGGAGGACGACGACUUUGACCUUGACGAGGAUGUCGGCGAAGAAUGGCGACAUGACGACGAGGACGUGACGGCAACGAAGUCGCAGCCGAUCCGACGUCCGGAGCGGAUGGACGAGGAGAUACCGAGCGACGAAGACAGCCACUCUGAGGACGACAGCUUGUACGACGUGAUGCCAUCUUCAGAUUCCGAAGACAUGGAUGACUGGUUCUCCCUGGAUAUCCGCGCCGAGCGCGCGGGCGACUACUUACCAUGGCUGGGUGACAAAGCGCACAAACUCCUAACGGAGGAGAAGCACCGCGUGUCGUCCCGCCUCGCCGCCCUGCGCCAGAGCGUGACAGCACUACAGAGCAGCGGCCGCGUGCAAACCGACCAGAUCAAGGUCGCCACCGAGGCCCUACACGAGCUCGACGCUAUGUUAGCCGCCUCCUGAUUUAUGUGAGCCUGGUACUUCGAUAGUAAAAUAUCUCUUGUUAAACGCCACUUGCACCAUCCCACUAACCCGGGGUUAAGCGGUUAAACCGUUAACCCAGUAUCAAAUUGUACUGGUCACCUUGGUAACUCCAGGUUUAACCGGUUAUCCCCGGGUUACUGAAUGGUGCAAGUGGCCCGUGACUUAAUUUCCUGUCUAAAAUACUUUGUUCAAUACGAUAUCGGCUGAAUAUGUACUACAAAAUAAAUGUAGUGCAUAAUUGUUUCCCAUCGUACGUUCGUAUUUGUCAUGCUACCUCAGUCAACCUCAGUACUUUUUGUACCGAGACUGACUGAAAUAGCAAGACACGUUCGUACGUUUCCGUAAAAAAACGAUGGAAAAACAAUUAUGUACUACGUGUGUAACUAGAUAAAUAUUUAAUUCCUCUCACCUCUUUUUUUAACUCAAGUACUUCAAAACGUGACAAAAUCAAGUUCGCCACGGAGGCGCUUAUACUUGUUCAAUAUGAUAUCAUCUGAAUAUUAUACUACUACAUUACUACUACUAGUUAUACUAAAGUAUGUAUUUCAAAAAGUCAUUGCGUCUUACUCUCUCAUUAAGCAAAAUGUGAGACGUAAAUACACAUUGGACCAAGAUAUUCGCAUGAAAUACCAUCCUUAGCUGCCGCCUGAUUUAUGUCAGCCUAGUACUUCGACAUCGUUAAACAGUCACAAUACACUCAAGAGCAAUGAAAAUCGGUCAAGUUUAAUUGAAAUUUCCAUAUAUUAAAAUGACCUCGCUUCGAAAUACAUCAUCAUCAUCACUCAAUCGAUUUAUUUAGUUGACUUUAAAUUAAAUCUUAGACAUAAAAUUUUAUAUAAACUAGGUGCACUAUGUAACGUCAAAUACUGCCAUCACACAAAAUGGGUACAGGUUUCCUCAAAAUAUGUACAAAGCUAGUCUAAGUUUUAUAACCUAGUCUAAAAUAUAAUAAGGUGUAUUCGAGUAAUUACGAACACUUCAGAAUUUCGGAUGAUUUGGAUAAACGCGCUAAGUAAAUAAAUAUCUGAUUCUUAUCACUUUGACCGCCAAAGACACUGAAAAACACCCAGAAAUUUAAAACACAAAGAUUUUCUUUGUUUAUUUCAGAUUUUUUUUACAAUCCAUAAUUGUGUUAGUGUACUUACUCGUAUAUCUAGAAUGACGGAAUGAGGUUGCCCUGUCGAAGAAUAUUAUAGAUGGCGCCAGCAGAAAUUUUACCUAUCAAUGCUUCGAAUAGUCUCAAAUUCUAGUUUAUUUGGAUGCCCUUUAAGCCUCAUCGAACAAAACUAUAGUUCGUUUUUUUUAGCAUUAGAAAGAACUUGGAAGAAGGUAAGCGAUUUUGGCAUGUCUUUUAAUUGAAAAACGCUUAUUAAAAAUCAGUAACUAUCAUUUAUGAAAAGCAGAAGAAUAUAAAUGAUCGUAUUAGAUUCAUAAUUGUUACAUAUUUGCCGUAACUUAUUUUUAAAAUGUGUUUCUCAAUUAAAAUACACAUCAAGAUUGUUUACCUUAUUUCUAAUGCUAAAAAAAACGAAGAGGUAAAACAUAUGCUGGCGCCAUCUAUAACUUUGACAGUUGACAACAACAACAAUGAAGCCACCCGAUAUUCUUAAAGGUUCGGAAUUACACAAUACUUAUAUAAACACUUCCAAAACGCCUCUUUUAUGGCUAUUAUAGGCUAUAUUGUAGAACUGAUAUGGGAUAUCAAAAAUCUGAUGUGUUACCGUCACGUGUAAAAAUAUGGGUGCACACAACUUACUCAAAAAUAUGUCCUGUAGCUCCUAUGUCGGCGCAUCAAGUAUGGGACAUGCUUUUAUUUUGAGUAAAUUGUAUGCACGUAUAUUAUUGAAUUUUAAUAACUGUACAUGAACUUAUAAAUAAACACUAAGGGUUUUUAGAUAUUUGUCAGAUAUUAUAUACUUAUGACAAUUUAUUUUAAAACAUUAAAAUACUUAUAAUCCAUACCAUUUACUUUUUUAUACCUGAUGUUAGGGCAGGUUACACUAAUACACACUAAAAUUGGUCAAGCAAAUUUUGUCAGUAGAAAAAGGCGGCAAACUUGAAAAUCGCGGGCUAGCAACACUUCUAUUGUUCGAAAAUUGCGUGUAAUUUAUAUCUUAUCUGUGGCACUGUUUUGUUUACAUGUCUUCGUUGUUCGAUGUACAUUGCUGCUUUUUGUUCGUUCCCUAGGGAUACCAUACUUUAGUUUGCUUUACAUUGCUACUGACAUAUCCAGCUUGACAGACUACAGUUUAAAGUUUGUUUAGUGAUAUUCCGCGUGUAUACAGCAAUAACUUUUUUCUAUUGUUACUAAUAAAAUGUAAGGAUUGUGAAAGCAUAUGAAGGGAAAUAUAUUUCCCGCCUUUAUUUCAAGGCUAUUAGGGUGCAAUUUUGUGUACUUUUGACCCGUUACGACUGUUAGAAAGAGAUUAAUAGUAGAUAUUGAUGGUAAAAUUUGAUCAGUACGGAUAUGAUGGUCGUUCUUGUCUACGUGACAGCGUGAUAAAACGGUAUCCGUCACUUUCUAUCCCACGGUGUUAAAAAGUGACAGUUAUUUUAUCACGUGGAUAAAGAUGGAUAAAGCUAUCCAUAAUACGCCGACAGAAUUUUAUAAAUUCUUUUGAAAAUGGAGUGUUUUGUUGAGUUUCCGAUAUGUCUCGCGAAAACAACUCUGAACUCGCCAAAACAAAAAUGAUUGCAUACAGAUGUACUGCAUAAUUGUUUUCCAUUGUAUUUUCUCGGAAACGUUCGUAUUUGUCAUGUUAGUUCAGUCAACCUCAGUACUUUUUGUACCGAGACUGACUGAAAUAGCAAGACACGUUCAUAAGGGUUAUUCGCGGAUGGUCUAGAACGCAAAAUGGCUAGUGUAAUAUUUUGUCUAUAUCGCAACCGGUCUAGAACGCAAAAUGCCCACAUUAUUUUUUCUGUUUUAUCUUUAUAGCGAUGUCGACGGAGCCCCGCUUCCGCGGAGCUCCUAUUCUGUGCAUGCUGUUUAGCCUUCGGCCAUUUGAAGAUACCUAACGAACCUAACUUACCUAUGUAAAAUGUGGUGAUAUAAAAUUGCGAUAUAGACAAAAUACUAAACUAGUCAUUUUACGUUCUAUUAGACCGUCCACGAUUGACCCGUUCAUAAGUUUCAGUGAAACAACGAUGGAAAAUAAUUAAGCACUAAGUACAUCUGCGUUUUAUGAUGUAAAUGAGCAUUUUUGCUUGAAAUUUGAUCAGUACUUUUGUCUGUGUAGUAAGCUUGUUCGAUAGACGUGCGCCUGUAUUGUGUAAUAAUUGUAAGAUGAAAUGUUAUGGAUAAUUAUAUUUUUGAUUCCAUUCAA